AUGGGCAAAUCACGAGCACGCUACAAUGAAAAGGGCAGAGCAUCGUCUCGCAAGCCGAACCAAAAACCACAUCCACGUGCGAGAGCGGGAGGUCUCGAUUGGGACGAUGUCGACAAUCAGCAGCCUACAACCACGAUCGAUCCGUCGUCGGCCACCGAACAAGAUCCCAAUGCGUUGAUUAUGAUGCCCAAAAAGUCGACAGAAGCAGAUACUACCAAUGAUACGCCCAAACCAAAGGGGCCCAAGAUGACCAAAAAGAAGAGGGAGAGAAUGGAGCGUUAUAUUCAAAAAAAAUUGAAAAAAGACACCAUGGUCAAGCUUAUGGAUCAGCUAUCUGAAUCAAAAUGGUCAUCGGAUCUCUUGCGAUCAUCCAAAACCAUCGGUCGACCCAAGCAGAGUGCACGUGAGCAAUUACGACAAGCGUUCUUGGAGCAAAAGGCGGGUGUCAAUAUCACAGAUACAAGCAAUGCACGUCUAUUAGUGGAAAGAGAGAUUGAUGAGGAAGAAGAGAACAACAACAACCAGCCAUCAGCCAUCGCUUCAUCAUCAUCAUCCUCCUCCUCCAACAACAACAAGGCAGCAAAACCUCAACAACCCCAAUCUACACCUGUUGUGGGUAGCGCUUUGAAACAAACGGAUGGAACACCAGCGAUGCCAUUGACAAAGCGGAAACGUAAAAAGAAACAGUCAACCAUCCCUGAAUCAGCAAAGAAACGAUUUAAACAACGCAUGGGCAUGGAAUCCGACGCAUCCUUUGACAGCUCUGAUUCAGAAUAUGAUAGCGACAGCAAUGACGAUGAAGCAAAGCCUAGAGAAUCCGUUGCCAAGUUAUUGGAAGAGGAAAACAUUGAUGAAAAGCCAACAGCUUUGGAAGAGGUGGUGGAGGCAUCCAAGAACAUCGCCAAACCCGAAUUGCGCAAAGAAGAAGAGGAUGAGAUCAAAAAGAAGCUUUUGGAGGAGAACAAGGGUGGUGAUUUGAAUGAUGAUGUGGCUAGACCUUUCUAUGUGCCAGUGAACCGAUUGGAGAGUGUACAAGAGGCACGAUCCAACUUGCCCGUGUGUGGUGAAGAACAACGCAUCAUGGAAGCCAUUCGCAACAACACUGUCGUCAUCAUUUGUGGUGAAACGGGUUCUGGUAAAACGACUCAGGUCCCUCAAUUCUUGUAUGAAGCUGGAUGGUCCCAUCCUGAUAGUGACAAUCCUGGUUUGAUUGGUGUUACUCAACCUCGUCGUGUGGCCGCUGUCAGUAUGGCAAAGCGUGUUGGACAUGAGCUCAAUUUGUCGAAUCAAGAAGUGUCUUAUCAAAUCCGUUAUGAUGCUACGACCUCUUCAAAGACCCGUAUCAAGUUCAUGACUGAUGGUGUGCUUUUGAGAGAAUUGUCACAAGAUCUUCUCCUUACAAAGUACUCGGUGCUUAUCAUUGAUGAAGCUCAUGAACGCAACCUCAAUACGGAUAUCCUUAUUGGUGUGGUCAGCAGAGUCCUUAAAUUGAGAGCCGAGCUUAGUCGUGAGGAUCGUGAGAAAAUCAAGCCUUUGCGUGUUGUGAUCAUGUCGGCUACUUUGCGCGUGACCGAUUUUACAGAGAACAAGACCUUGUUUGCAAAACCACCACCUGUCAUCAACGUCGACGCUCGUCAGUUUCCAGUAUCGAUUCAUUUCAACAAGCGCACACCCGACGAUUAUGUUGGUGAAGCAUUCAAAAAGGUCUCCAAGAUCCAUGAUCGAUUACCAGCGGGUGGUAUUCUUGUGUUCCUUACCGGUCAAAAUGAAAUCACACAUCUUUGCAAGUUGCUGCGGAAAAAAUACCCAUCUCUUCCUGCCACAGCAAGCAAAAAGAAGAAACGCCAAGAGGAAAAAGACAACAAAGUGGAGUCUGAGACACAAGAUCUUCCCAAUGGUCAAGCCGACGUGGAAGUAGAGGAUGUCGAACUAGGAGACAACGAUGUGGUCGAGGAGGACUUUGAUUUGGAAUCGGAUGAUGACGAAGAUGAUGAAAGCGACUUUGAAGCAGGAUUCGAUGAUGAAGAAUUGGGAAGCGUUCGGGAUGCACCAUUACAUGUGUUGCCUUUGUAUUCCAUGUUGCCGACUGAAGCACAACUUCGAGUAUUCCAACCACCACCUGAAGGCACUCGUUUGUGUGUCAUUGCCACCAACGUAGCUGAGACAUCGAUUACUAUUCCUGGCAUUCGUUAUGUUGUGGAUUGUGGUAAAGUAAAGGAGCGCAAAUAUGAUGUCGAAUCAGGCAUUCAAUCCUUUGACGUGGACUGGACAUCAAAAGCAUCAGCGGAUCAGCGCGCUGGUCGUGCUGGUAGAACACAAGCUGGUCAUUGCUAUCGAUUAUUCUCUUCAGCCGUAUUUGAUCACGAAUUCUCUCGCUUCUCAUUACCCGAGAUCCAGCGUAUGCCUCUUGAAGGUGUUGUGCUCAAUAUGAAAUCCAUGAAUAUCGAUCAAGUGGUCAACUUUCCAUUCCCUACACCCCCACCAAGAGAGAGCUUAUACAAAGCAGAAAAGUUAUUGGAGUACCUCGGUGGUAUCGAUAAACGCACCAAGCACAUUACCGAUUAUGGUGAUGCCAUGGCACUUUUCCCUAUCGCUCCUCGAUUGGCAAAGAUGUUGAUUAUCGGUCAGCAGCAUGAAUGUCUUCCAUACGUGGUGAUUAUGGUGUCAGCGUUAUCGGUCGGCAAUCCAUUUGAUACCGAAGAUGCCCAAAAGCGCAACCAUGCCAUGACCUUUGUAUCAGAAAAGAGUGACAUUCUCACGCUGGUAACGGCCGUUGGUGCUUACGAGUAUGCUGGAGGUACCGAUGAAUUUUGCAGGGAGCAUGGAUUGCGACAAAAGGCCAUGACAGAAAUCCGACAACUUCGUCGACAGCUUACCAAUAUCGUUGCAGCCAAUUUCCCGGGUGUUGAUAUUUGCGUUGAUCCCAAGCUCAAACCACCUUCUCCCAAGCAAUUGACAAUUUUGAGACAAAUCCUUACUGCCGGCUACAUUGAUUGUAUUGCGGUGCGUGCUGAUGUAUUGGAAGCAGGUGGAGGUCAAGGUGCUCGUCAUAAAAACGCUAGCGGUGUUGCUUACAAGCUCAUGUGGAGCGAUGCUGAUGCAUACAUCCAUCCAACCUCUGUGCUUUACGUUCAAGAACCUCCUGUGAUGGUCACCUAUACGGAAUUGACAGAGACUCCCAGGAAUACAUGGCUCAAGGGUGUUUCGGCUGUUGAGACGAAAUGGUUAUCCAACCUUGGCAAGACGCUUUGUACUUAUGGUCGUCCCUUGAAUUAUCCAUUACCAAAAUUCGUGGAUGGCAAACAAGAUCGACGUAUUGUGCAUGUGGUGCCCAACUUUGGACCCAAGGAUUGGCCGUUACCGGCUAUUGAAGCAGAGCAACAUCGUGUAGGCACGCGCUGGGUGAUGACCAGUAAUCAAUAA